CCAAUCUGGGCUCCCGCCCGCCCGACCCCCACCCAGCCCCGUCAUGUGGAGCGGACGUCACACGCCUGCACUGUAACCCAAGAAGUGAAAGAGCCGGGGACCCGCAAGCCCAACUUCGCACGGUGCUUUCUGCCAUCGGCCACACCCUCCCAGAAUAUGUACCUCCUCGUCACGGACAUCUCUCUCUCCUCUGGACAGCGGAAGCCUCUCUGAGAAUGGAGACAUAGGACUGCUCUCCAGGCCCGCACAACGCAAAGCCGCGCCCCAGCACCCGCCGCCACCCGGAUGGAUCGCAACCGAGAGGCCGAGAUGGAGCUGAGAGGAGGGCCCAGCCCACCCAGGGCCAGCAGGAGCCACGAGGGGGAUGGGGACAAGGCCGCGUGCCACAGCUGUUGCAUCUGUGGCAAGAGCUUCCCUUUCCAGAGCUCUCUGUCCCAGCACAUGCGCAAGCACACAGGGGAGAAACCCUACAAGUGUCCCUACUGUGACCACAGGGCUUCCCAGAAGGGCAACCUCAAGAUUCACAUCCGCAGCCACCGCACAGGGACAUUGAUCCAGGGACACGAGUCAGAGGCAGGUGAGAUGCAGCUGGGUGAAAUGCGUGUCUCCGAGGGCCUGGAUGGGUGCGCCAGCCCCACUAAGAGCACAUCGGCCUGCAACCGCAUGCUGAACGGGGCAUCCGUGGACAGCAGCAAGAUCCUGCUCAGGAGCAGCCGGAAGGAGGUGGAGGGAGCAGCCGCAGCUCCCGAGGAGGCGGAGGCUGUGGCCCAGUGCUCCUUCUGUAAGAGCCAGUUUGAGCGGAAGAAGGACCUGGAGCUGCACGUGCACCAGGCCCACAAGCCCUUCAAGUGCAGGCUCUGCAGCUACGUGACGCUGCGGGAGGAGUCGCUGCUGAGCCACAUCGAGAGGGACCACAUCACUGCCCAGGUGCCCGACGGCGGGGGCGGGGCCGGGGGCGGAGAGGCCUGCGUGGAGAAUGGCAAGCCUGAGAUGAGCCCCGGGGAGUUCCCGUGUGAGGUGUGCGGCCAGGCCUUCAGCCAGACCUGGUUCCUGAAGGCGCACAUGAAAAAGCACCGGGGCUCCUUCGACCAUGGCUGCCACAUCUGUGGCCGGAGGUUCAAGGAGCCAUGGUUCCUCAAGAACCACAUGAAGGCGCACGGCCCCAAGAUGGGGAGCAAGAACAGGCCCAAGAGCGAGCUGGACCCCAUCGCCACCAUCAACAACGUAGUGCAGGAGGAGGUCAUCGUCGCUGGCCUGUCCCUCUAUGAGGUCUGCACCAAGUGCGGAAACCUGUUUACAAACCUGGACAGCUUGAAUGCCCAUAACGCCAUACACCGCAAGGUCGAAGCCAGCCGGACACGAGCCCCGGCUGAGGAGGGGGCCCCCGAUGGCCCCCUAGACACCAAGCAGUUCUUCCUACAGUGCCUGAAUCUGAGACCGUCCAUGGCUGGUGAUGUGCCCCCAAGUGGGCAGGCUGGAAGGCGGGUGGCUGAGCUGGACCCUGUUAACAGCUACCAGGCCUGGCAGCUGGCCACCAGGGGCAAGGUGGCCGAGCCAGCCGAGUACCUCAAGUAUGGGACUUGGGAUGAGGCCCUGGCGGGAGAUGUGGCCUUUGACAAGGACAGGCGUGAGUACAUCCUGGUGAGCCAAGAGAAGCGCAAGCGCGAACCCGAUGCCCCUGCUACCCAGGGCCCUCCAAGGAAGAGGGCCAGCGUGCCCGGAGACCCCCUGCUGCCCGGUCACCUGGACCCCCGGCCAGCUGCUGCGCGCCCCAGCCGCCGGGCUGCUGCCAGCUCUGGCCAAAGCAAGUCCUCUGAGUGCUUCGAGUGCGGCAAGAUCUUCCGCACCUACCAUCAGAUGGUGCUCCACUCCCGCGUGCAUCGCCGUGCCCGCAGAGACCGGGACGCCGAAGGGGAUCGGGCAGCACGUGCCCGAUGCGGCUCACUCAGCGAGGGUGACUCGGCCUCUCAGCCCAGUAGCCCUGGCUCAGCUUGCGCCCUGGCCGACUCCCCGGGGUCUGGCCUGGCCGAGGAAGUUGUGGAUGAUAGCAGCGAAGAGGCUGUGCCGGAACCUGCACCAGGGGGACAGCCACGACCCCGCCGCUCUUCUGGAGAGGUAGAACCCAUCAUGCUCUCCAGCGGGGACCAGAGUCACAAAGUGGGAACUCACCCGCCAGAGAGACACAGCGAGUCCCGGGCGGGGGCCGCCGCCGCCGCCGCCUCUGCGCCCGUCCUCGGAAACAGUAGUGGAGAAACUCCUAAGCUUCCCGAGCAGCAGAGAUUUUCUCUUGACCUAAAGAUGCCAGCAUUUCACCCCAAGCAAGAGGUGCCCAACAGUAGUGACAGGAUGGACUGCCCUUUGGUCACGGAAGAAACCGGUCUGCCACUUGCCUUGGAGAGCCAGGCUGGGCACCCAAAAGAAAAACUGUCCGAUUUGCACGACAAGGAGCUUUGUGGACCAGGAAAGAGGGGGCCUGCCCCAGACCUGGUCCCUCUGGACUUAAGCGUGAAGUCUAGUCGUGAAGACCCCAGCGGUAAGGAAACGGCAUGCUCCCUGCAGGCGGCCCUGGUCAUUCACCCAUGUCCUUACUGCAACCACAAGACCUACUACCCCGAGGUGCUGUGGAUGCAUAAACGCAUCUGGCACAGGGUCAGCUGCAACUCCGUGGCACCCCCGUGGACUCAGCCCAAUGGCCACAAGAGCAUUCGUAGCAGCCUGGUUUUCCUUGCCCGCAGUGGACGCACGGGCCCCCCACCGGCCCUUGGGGGCAAGGAGUGCCAGCCCCUGCUCCUUGCUCGUUUCACCCGCACUCAGGUGCCAGGCGGGACGCCAGGCCACAAAGGCAGCUCUUCUCCCUUGGGAGUGACCACAAAAGCCGCUAGCAUGCCUAAGAAUAAGGAGAGCCAUUCCGGGGGCCCCUGUGCAAUGUGGGCAUCUGGUCCCGAUGGGUAUCGACAGAUCAGAGCUGGUCAUGGCCAAGAGUCACCCACUGCUGUGGCACAGGGGCCCCUGGCCAAACCCAAACCAGAGGCCAGCUCCAAGCCAGCACCUGCCCCUGGCAGUGGGGGUCUCAGCAGAAGUGCCACCCCCACGCCUUCGGUCAUAACCCGAGCAGGUACGCAGUCCUCGGCUCACAGCAAGCCAGUGGAGAAGGUUGGGGUCCCCCUGGCAGGGGCUGCCUUGAUCCCUUCAAAUAAGCACAGUGCCCCGGACUCCCUGAAAGCCAAAUUCAGCCCUCAGCCUCAGGGUCAACCUCUUGUGAAAGCUGAAGGGGGUUCUCCUCUACCUCCUCGUGAGUCCCCUGUGAAGGCCGCCCAGGAGCUGAGGACACUAGCAACGUGUGCAGUGGGGUCCAGAGGAGACGCGGCCUUGCAGGCCCCAGCUGGAGUGCCCCCCGUGUUACACUCCAUCAAGCAAGAGCCAGUGGCUGAGGGCCAGGAGAAGCGACUGGACAUCCUCAGUAUCUUUAAGACCUACAUUCCAAAGGACUUCGCCACGCUCUACCAGGGCUGGGGUAUCAGUAGCCCUGGGCCCGAGCAUAGAGGGACGCUGCGGACACAGGCCCACCCAGGAGACUUCGCCUGCAUGGAGUGCGGGAAGAGUUUCCACCAGCCCAGCCACCUCAGGGCCCACCUGCGCGCGCACACAGUGGUGUUUGAGUGCGAUGGUCCUCAAGGUUCCGAAGUUCACACGGCCCCCACGGAGGCCCCCAAACAAGGAAGAGACCAUGCUAACCCAGGGACUGUGCCAGCCGGGCCCCUCCGGAAGGGGACCUAGAGCCACGCCUCCAGCGCCCGGCCCCCGUGACAGUGUGGGCAGCGGCCUCAUUGGUGUCCAGAAGCUUCUCGACAGUGACCACAACCACCCCACUGGAAGAAGAGCCGGAGUCCUGGGACCAGACACCUGAGACCGCUGAGGAGCCGCUGCGCUGGAGCAGAGACUGGGGGAGGUGGCUCCCUCUUUCGUUCAGGGACAGCCAAGAUGCUGUGCCUGGAAUCCUGUGUCGCUCUUGCACACGCAAGUGUGUGCUCACCGACCGUAGCCCGUGUUUCCUCAAACAAGUGGUGGGACUGGCAGGCGGGCACAGUGAGGACUUGGGGCAUCUGUGUCACUCAAGGAGUCAAGUGUGAGACACUGGAAAAAGAUACUGGUGUGUUUUGGAUGGUGUGGGAAGCUAAGCACUGUAGGAGCCCCAGAGCUCAGAUGGCCUUUGGGGGUGAUGUGAGGACGUGGGGGAGCCGAGGCUGGUGAAUCGAGGCCGCUGCCUCUCCCUCUCCCUGGCUCAGCAGGUAUGAAGUAGAGAGAGAGGCGGGAGGUGGUGGUCAGGCGCUGUGGAGGUCAGGCUCGGUGGAGGCAAGGCAGCGGCCAGCUCCUCAUCAGAGGUGUGACCGUGACACCCUCUGGGCCACUCGUGUUGCCUGCUCCUGUCACCACGCGGUUGCCUGCGGCACAGGAAACACAGCGAAGGGAACACGGAUAAUCUGCUUUGGAAAAGAGAGCUAGUUGAACACUAAGAAAACCAGAAUUCUUGGUUUAUUCUCAGGACCUUUUUGUAACAGGGCUACAUUCUGCAAACUGCUCACACAAGAAGACGGCACGUCUUAACUCAUUAGCCACCACCUCCUCCUGAUCUGGGCUUGUUUUAGUAAUGGCAGAAGAAUCCCUGAGUAGGUUGGGAGCCCUAGAUUACUAGGGUGCUAAUGCUCUGGAGCCUUCUGCACUCCCUUUGUACCCCAACCUCUGCCCUGCACCUCUCCUCUGCACAGCCCCAGCAAGUAGGUGUCUUUUCCCCCUCAGACCUUGUGACCUCCACAGGACGAGUGAAGUCGUUCACAUGUGGUGGGGGGACAUCAGGCCCGAGGGUGGGGGGACGGCUUUAUAUACCUCUUAGUAAUCCAAGUUCACGUUUCUGUGUUGGGGGUAAAGCCCCACAGCGAAGGCUCUGGACCCACGCAGCGUACGCGUUGAAACCGUAUUCCUCUUCCUGUCGCCGUGACACUGUGUGUGAUGGCGGUCCUUCUGAGAGUUUCAGAGUUUUGCACAUAAUGGUUUUAUGCAUUAUCAGAAGUUAUGCUGCCUUGAAUGAAGACGUUCUGUGAAUUUUUUGCAAAAGCUUUACUAGGUUUUUUUUUUUUUUUUAAAUUGUGAAAUUUUGUAAGGGCAGGAAAUGGAGUAAAACGAGCAUGCUAAAUAUAUUUUUCAAAGAAGCAAUAAUUUUACAUGUACAGAAAUUAUCCUAACCUUUAAUACUGGUGAGAGCGACAGUUUACUUAAUACAGUAAUGGAAUUAGUGCAGUUUUUUUGUAGAAAACGGGCUUCUGAUACAAAGACUUGUUUAAACACGUGUGUAUACUCAAACCCUGGAGUGUGGUUUUUCUGUUCUAAUGACUUGUUGGAUUAUUAUUAUUAUUAUUAUUAUAUUAUAUUAUUUUUAUUGUUAUUGUUAGUUAAUGUUUGGUUCUGGAUUCUACUUGUUACUGAAUUUAAAUUACUUGACAGUUCAGGUGACUGCGACCCUUGCGAACAAUGCAAUGUAACUGGCUAGCUUAUAUAUAUAGAUAGAUAGAUGUAUCUAUCUAUAUAUUUUUUUUUUACUUAUUUUUUUUUUCUGAUACUCUUACACCAGGUAUGUGUGGAGAUGGCUUGCCACAUUGGCGUGCUUAGGAAUGUCUGUGCCCACAGCCCCCAGCAGCUGUCGGGUCGAUCGUUCGGUGAAGUUCCUUUGAGCAAGUUGUAGAGACACAGUCUUCGGUCCACCUGAACAUCCAGAGAACCUUUCUGUCGAUUUGUGUUUGAUCAUUUUGAAAAUUUCCCCAAAGUGAUCAUUUCUUUUACUCUCCGGCUUUUGUUUUCUUGGCUGAAAGUAUACAGUGACAGGUAGGAAUGUGUAGGGGCCAGCGAUUCGGCCCUGUCUGUUUCUGUGUUUUAGUUAUUAAAAGAAAUUCUGUACCCAAAGUGACACAAAGGUGUCGUCUACAUUUUUACUGUGUCCAGAGUGACACUUGGCAUUUAGAGUCGGAAGUGACUUUUUCCCACGAGUCUUCUUCCCUUUUGGUCUGGUGGGGAGAGGGGUGCAUUGGGGUCUCCGCAGCAGGGCGGCCCAUCUGAUCCUUGCUUCUGGGACAGCAGCCACUUUCAAGAUGGUGUGCCCCGUGGAGUGCGGAGAUCAGGUUUUCACAGAGGCACAUGUUGGUGAGCCCCCCACCCCUAGCCCACUGGUGUCCCCUUGGGACCAGCCGCAUGCUUGGCCCGGGUGUGUGACUCCUUCUUUUCACUGGUCAUCAGUAUUGGACUGGUUUGUUAAUUCGUGUGUGUGUCAGUUCAACCAUAGUAUUUAAUAUGAUUUGUGUUUUCUUAUUUAUUUAGCCAAUAUGUUUUGAUUUGCUUUUCCUCGAAGAUUUCCACACGAUUCACUUCUGUACGUCGUCUUCUGACUGUUACAGACUUGCUACUACCUCCACGAAUCUGCUGUCUCCUUGUUUCCUAACCAGAUUUGACAGUGUUGUAUUUGAUGGAACUUAGACAAUAAAGGGUUUGGUUGUCUACAC